AUGGAGGAGUAUGCUCAUAUUUUGGAUCUACCCAUUUCUAAUAGGGUUCCUUUUAGUGGGGUCGAAGGAAUUCUUGAAUCUCAGGUUAUUGCCGAAGCCAUUCAUCUGAGGAAGUCUUACAUAGAUGUCAAUCUCACUGUCAAAGGAGGUAUCAGAGGGUUGACUUCGAAGUUUCUAUUGGAAAAAGCCUUUUCUUUUGCCAAUGCUAAUAACAUAGUGGCCUUUGAAGCUAUUAUUUCCUUACUCGUCUAUGGUUUGGUCAUGUUUCCUAACAUUGACAAUUUUGUUGAUGUUAAUGUUAUGAGGAUCUUCUUGAUUAAGAAUCUGGUUCCAACUCUGCUCGACGAUACUUAUUUCUACAUUCAUCAUAGGACUUCUAAAGGGGGUGGGACUAUAGUUUGUUGUUCUCCUUUACUGUACAAGUGGUUUAGUUUGCACUUGCCGCAGUCUCCUGUCUUCCAUGAAAACAAGGAUUGUUUGAGGUGGUCUCAAAGACUUGUGUCUCUCAACAAUGAUGACAUUACUUGGUACUCUUCUGUUUAUGACAAUUUUGAGAUUAUUGAUAGUUGUGGGAGUUCUAUAAUGUUCCACUUCUUGGUACACAAGGAGGAAUCAACUAUAUUCUGGCUUUGGAAAGGAAAAAAUGAGCUCGGAUUGAAGAAUAGUGUAGCUUUAGAGCCUUACACUAGUUGGGUGAAGAAGAGAGCAAAGGAAUUCAAGAUGAAAUACACUUAUGAAAGACCUAUGUCCUUAAUAAUGGUCAAAUCUCCCACUAUUGAAGGCAUAGAUGAGUUACAAGAGGCUUUGGAUAGGAUGAAGCAAGAGAGGGGUGAUUGGGAAGGAAAAUUUCACAUCUCACACCUUGAGAAAGUAGAAUUGCAGAAGCAACUAAAAGAAAAGGACAACUUGAUUGAAUUACUCAAGCAACAUGUUGUGAAGAGAUCCAGAGGCCAAGAAAAUUUAAUUUCCUCUAAUAGUUAA